AUGCUUAUGAACGCACCCACCGCCGCGGCCAUUCUGGCCUUCACCUCUAGGGCCAUGGCCGCCCCCGUGACCGGCAACACCAACGUUGAAGCUCGCGAGGCUGUGCCCCCUCCCGAGGUGCUUGCCGAACUUGGUUUGAAUGUUGAGCUUGGCGACACCGAGAAGCGUGAUGGCGGGAUUCUCGACUUGAUCGCCAACCUCGACGGCAAGCCUGGAGAAAAGCGUGACGGCGGGAUUCUCGACUUGAUCGCUAACCUCGACGGCAAGCCUGGAGAAAAGCGUGACGGCGGGAUUCUCGACUUGAUCGCUAACCUCGACGGCAAGCCUGG